CAAGACUUUUCUCUCACUACCUUAACCCCCCAAAAAUGGCAAAGUUUUAUAUAGCGCCCCCAACCCCGCCUAAACUUCUCCCCCUCCUUCACUAAGCGUAAUUGAUACUCAAACUGAUCUCCUUAUCAUCAAAUUACGCUUCUCCACUCUGUAAUUCACAUCCGUUCUCAACAAUGCCGAUUCUUUGAAGCUCUACAUUUAAUCCGACUGUAAUCUGGUCAUUAUUGGUUUUAAUCUUUUGCUGGACACGAUUAUGAAUUUGUCGUGUAGCUGGACACGAUUAUGAAAUGUGAGGUUGAUUUGAGCUGAGCGUUGGAGCACCCGGAGCUGGGUUUUCGAUUUUGAAUUCGCGAAAAUAGACGGCGGCGUAUUCUCUGUGGGUUUGGGAACGAGGGGAAGGUUUUGAGUGGGUGUAUUUGGAGGGUUGGUUAUGUGGAUUGGGUGAGGGAGGGUUUGGGAACCUGACAAUGGGAAGUCUUAGGAGCUCGGUGAUGGUGGAUAAGGAAGAGGAGCUCGUGAUGUUCAAUGAAAUGCGGAGGCGAGAGAAGGAACAGGACAAUCUUCUUCUUCUCCAGAAACCAGAUGACUUUGAUGAUCUUCUUGGUUCUAAGGAUCUGAAUUCUUCUUUUCUUAAUGACGGGGCAUACAUGCCCGCCCAAAAGACGGUUUCGGAUGAACUUCUAAAUUCUGAUAAUGAUAAAAACGACUAUGAUUGGCUAAUAUCACCACCUGGCACUCCUCUUUUCCCUUCACUGGAGAUGGAGUCCCAGAAAACAGUGAUGAGUCAGUUGGGAACCUUGAAAGCACGACCAACUGCAUUGAAAUCCAGACUAGCAAAUCCGCCUGGACCCACAGUUGGGAACAACCUGACAUUGAGACAUCCACACUCUUCAUAUCCAGGGUUGAACACUUCAAUACCGAGUUUUAGAAGACCUUCAUCUCCAGGUGGCUCUAGACCUUUAUCAUCCACUAACCGACCCACACAGACUACAUCAACUAAACCACAAUUGAACAACACAGUAUCCAAAACAUCAACUUCAACAAAGUCGUCCAGGGCUGUAACACCUACUCGUGGCCUGCCGUCACCUUCUACUAAGCCCAUGGUUAAUCCCAGAUCUUCUAUACCAACAAGGCAGCCCAUUCCCGGAUCAAAGCCCACUUCCAGGGCAGCAACUCCUACUCGACAGCCAUCUUCUUCUUCCAUAGCCUCCAAGUCUUCUACUGCUGCAAGUCCUGCUACAAAAAAAACUGCACCACAAUCUGCUGGUUCUCCAUCUGUUAAACCAAAACCAUGGAAACCUUCAGAUAUUCCAGGUUUGUCUCUCAAUGCCCCAGCAAAUUUGAUGACAUCAAUACCACCAGAUAGGCCUCCUGUGAGUCGGGGAAGACCUGGUAUACCCGGACCCCGCUCAUCAUCUGUGGAGUCUGUUGGGAAUGGAAGGGUUAGAAGACAAUCAUGCUCGCCAGCAAGAGGGCGCCCUCCCAAUAGAACAAUAGCUAAUGGCAGUGGGAGCUCUGUACCUAUCCCAGCUAUGAGCCGAUUGCAUGCUAAAGCUAAUCACAAUGUGAGUCCGGUUUUGGUUGGAGCAAAGAUGGUUGAAAGAGUGGUCAACAUGAGGAAAUUGGUUCCGCCAAGACAAGAUGAAAAACAAUCCCCAAAUAGUAAUAUAUCUGCCAAGUCUUCAUCGCCCGAGAGCUUAGGAUUUGGGAGGAAUCUUUCAAAGAAGUCUUUGGAUAUGGCCAUAAGACACAUGGAUAUAAGACGAGCAGUUCCUAGCAAUCUAAGACCAUCGAUGGCCAAUAUUUCUGCUUCAUCUAGGCAUAGUUUGAGGACGGAGCCCAGCGGUACAAACAGGUCAGUGACCAUAUCUGGCUCACCUCACGCAAUGAGCAGCAAUGCUAGUUCUGAAGUGAGUGUUACCAAUGCACCUUGUCGUGAUGCAAAUGAAGUCGAUGAUGAUGAUAUUAGCAGCUAUAAAGUCGCUCAGUUUAGUGAUUCAAGGUAGGUGUGGUCACGCUUCUCCUGCUAAAUGAACCAAUUAUGGGAGUGGGUCCAAAGUGGAUGUGUUGGUUAGAUGUAGUAAUUGGAACUUGAAAGGAAGCCUUUGUAUCAUAAUUUAUAUAGAAACUGAGCUGUGGUACCUUUUAGUUCAUAUGAUUGUUGAAACUUUCGGUUUUUCUUCUGCAAAGCAAAGUGAAGUCGAAUGUGUGAGGUUGCUUCCUGCUUUUGGCACCUGCAAAAGAG